AAUUGUUGUGAUAAACUUAUUAAAUAGAUUACUUUGAUAACGCCAUAGAAUCGUAAUGGGUGACGCUAAAGCGACGUCAAAUGGAAAGAGCGAGUUUCAAAAGCAGGCGGAUAUGCAGCUAGCAAUUGAAAACAUUGAUGCGACACAGAAUGCACUUGAAGGACUGAACGAUCAAUCAAGUGAAGAAAUUUUGAAGAUCGAGUCGAAGUACAACAAACAACGCGAUCCUUUGUACAGGAAGCGAGCAGAAUGUUUUCUCCGGAUACCUGGCUUCUGGCACCGGGUUCUAACAAAUCAUCCUCAGCUCGGACCUUGCAUAAUUGACGAUGAGAGUGAAUGUCUUCAGUAUCUAUUGAAUAUUUUUGUCACAGAGAACGAUGAUAUCAAAACAGGCUAUAAAAUGGAGUUAGAGUUCGAUGCAAAAAAGAAUCCUUAUUUCACAAACGAAAAGAUCGAGAAAAUUGUCACUGUUAAAGAGGGAGGAAAGAUCGCGUCAACUUGCACGAAAAUUCAGUGGAAACAAGGAAAGAACUUUGUGGAAAAGGCAGAAAAAGACGACGUGGACUCGGAUGAUGCUGCCUUCUUCAACUGGCUCCUGUCUGAGGACUCCGACUGUGGUCUGGAUCUGGGCGAAUUCAUCAAAGAGGACCUCUGGCCCAACCCACUCAAUUAUUACCUCGCCCAUCCCGUAGACGAAGAUGACGACGAAGAAGAUUUCGACGACGAGGACGAGAACGAAGAAGAUGGGGAAGCAGACGAGGGCGCGUGAUAGAAGAUCAACCGAGUUCGGAUCUGGCUCGGAUUUUGUCCGUUGCCCGGAUACUACUCAAAUUUGUUUGUUUGGUUCCAUGAGAGAAAAAAAAGACCUUCUGUUGCCAUAUUUAUACAUCUUAUCAGCUGUGCGUUGUUUGAUUGUACAUUAACAUUAAUACUCUCUUGAUGUUGAAUUGCCUUUGAUACUUUGAUGUUUAGUUUGAAAUAAAACUGCUGUCACCUUUAAA